UCUACUUACCGCCUGCUUUGUUCUUGAAUUCGUCGCCGCCGCCGUCGCCGCCGUAGACCGACCGGGAAGCUGCCAUCGCGCGCCGCUUACCCGCCCCUUUUGCUGCCCCCGCCACUGCACCUUCUUCUCUUUUCUUCUCCUCCAUCGCCUGCAGCCUCGCCUGCCCGCUCUUUCGCCUCUUUCUCAUCCUACUCGACGUCGCCCGGCUGGCCCGCCUAGACCUUCUACUGUCCUUACCUUUUCACUUGUCUCUCUAAUCUGCAUGGCCGCCGUGAACAUCCACAUGAUGGCGAACGUUCCCCUCGACUACCUCCCCCUCGACGCCCACUCCAGCUCCAACUCCGUCUCCUCCUCCGCCCCCAAUUCCCGCCCCCACUCGUCCCAGGGCGGCCUCAUCCGCUCCUCCGCCAACAUGGGCCCGCUAUCUGCCGAAGACCUCUAUCGCGCCUCUUACCAGCUUGGGCGGUCCUCCCAGAUCGUCAACGAUCACGCGCGCACCUCUUCCCACUCCUCCGCCUACUCCCUCCCCUCGACAGACAUCACGUCUCCCGCCGACUCUCCACCGAACCACAACCUGCACCAUCCGUCCUUGAAGGGCCAUAUCCGCGCAUCCCACAUCCGCGCGCGCGCCGCAGCCUCCCCCUACCCCCGGGAUGCAGAGAGCGUCCACUCGUCCUCCAGCGAGACAGAAGACAUCUCCCUCUUUCUCGCCGCAAACUCGCCAGCCGACUACCACGCCAUGUUCUCUGGCGGCCACCACCUCCUCCCCACCCACGAACCGAUGCAGACCGCUGGCGCUUUCGGUCGCAUGACCCUCAGUCCGGAUCACACCCUCGAGAAGCUGGCCGCCAACGUGCGGGCCGCGACGACGACGAGUGCAUCGGACAGGGCGAAACAGAUCUUCGUGCAGGCUUGGUUGACGGCGAACUAUGCGCCGUACCCUGAUGGCAAUGUUCCGCGGCAGGGCCUCUAUUUUUCGUACAGGAGAGUCUGCGAUCAGUAUGGGAUUCCUCACAUCAACACGGCCACGCUUGGAAAAGCGAUCAGACUCUGUUUCCCCACGAUCAAGACGAGGCGGCUGGGUGUGCGAGGGAAUAGCAAAUAUCAUUACUGUGGCAUUCGGCCCGCGACCUCGGCGGAGGCGGAGUGGCUGCAGGACUACAUCCGCAAGUCGAACAACACCGCCGCGCAGCAGUCGGUGAACGCGGCGCGACUGGCGAACGAGCAGGCGGGUGCGUCGAAUCGCGGCGAGGACGGGUCAGACGGGGACGAGGACGACGAGAGCGAGGGCGCAAGCUCGGGUAAUGUGUCAAAGCGGAACUCGCUGGUGCUGAACAAUGGGGUGAAGAGCCCGAUGCUCUACGCGGAGGACCUCGCGGACAAGACCCCGACGGCAUCGUCCCUGCUCUCCCACGCCCAGGCCGCCCCCCGCGACUUCCCCGCCCACGCCACCAUCCGCCGCCAUCCCGGUCAGGAAGCGUCCUUGCCCGUUCAGGCCCACUCCGUCGGCCCGACGCCCUCGUACCUCUCGCCCCAGCAGCCCAGCUCCGUGCGCCACCUCCCGCACUUCCCCUCCAUCGACGACGCCGUCGGCUCAAAUUCAGCCUCCCCUCACGGCAUCGCCGCGCGCGAGGUCUGGGGUUGGUUCUUGGAUCAUCUCGAUUCCCUCCUCGAGAGCGUCAGGUUCUUCCGCUUUGAUCAGUUCGAGAUGCACGUCCGCACGUUCUGGUCCAACCUCGGCGGCAACCACCGUGAAGUUGUGCAUGCUCCCGCCAUCGCAGGCUUGAUGGCGAAGGGAGAUGCCAUUGUUUAUGAUGAAAUUCUUGAGGUUCUGCGAUCCCAGCUUCUCUCCUCGAUUCCAUCCGCCGCCUUGACCAGUCUGCGACAGCUGGCGGACAAAAUGGAAAAGAUCCUUUUGGUAUCUCUCGAAAAUUACGGUAACACCUUUGUCGAACCCAAGGUCGAAUUGGGCGCACGCUUUGGCCACCUCGUUUUGCGCUUCUUGGAUAUUUAUCAAGUCACGCAGGCCCUUAAUACUGUUCUCACCAAUCAGAAGCAGCUCAGCGAGAUGCGCCGGUCAUGGGAGAAGAUCGACUUUGAGUCCGUCCGCAAUCAGUCCGCUCUCGUCUGCAACUGCCGACACGAAGAUCUCGUGCAACUACUCGAAGUCGAGUUCCGGAGCCUGAUGGAGAGUCUCACGAAGAGCGCAGAGCCCGUUCGAGACGUCAUGGCCUGGGCGGACAAGUGCUGCGAGAGGCUGAUGGGCGGUCACGGAGGCCCUGACGACAGGAGCACGAUGAGCUCCAGGAGCAUCUUGAUUCGGUGGGGCUAUGUGACGAGCCAGGUCAUGAGGGAUUUGACUAUUCGCAGCGAUCCAACUUUCGGAGCGUUCCAGAUCCUCAAGCUGUUCUUGGAUGACUGGAUCGCCUUGAAUGUACUGCGUAACGUCGCACUCUCCACCACAUCCGUCGCCGCCUCCGUGGAGCCCGUGAUGCAACAACAGUUCUUCACGCUCUCACCCAUGGUCGGCCAAGAAAACUUCGGUAGCAGUCUUGAUACUCGCUCACAGCAUCCCAUGAUGAACCACACACCCACAACCUCCAGCAUGCUUGCGGCGUUGCAACAGGAUUCGUUCUCGGCCAACCUCGACGGGACAUCGUACGGUCACGAACCGUUCGGCUUGCAGGCCUUCAUGGAUACCUCUACCGCUCCAGAUGACCACCUCGGCAGCGUGCACGCUGGCCUCGCUUUCACCGACUAUGCUCCCGGAAAUAACCACACGUUCGACGUUGCGGCAUUUACUCCUCAGGACUUGGGUAUCGGCUCGGCACCUGGAUCGAGCAACGGGGACCACGAGCAAGCUGAAUUGGAAGGUGUGAAGUCUGAGGACGCAGGGUCUGCUUGAUCGCAAUCGGGAUACCACUGGACUUAUCUAUUCGUGUUUUCUUCUGCUUUCAUUCAUGGGUUGUUUUCGGCAUCGGUGUGUGAUCUGUUGUGCGUCCGGAUUUACCUUACAAUUCAGUGCGGCCUAAUUAUUUUCAAGUAUUCUUAGUCCCCCUCCUUCUUUUUCCAUCCGUAUUGUUAAACCACUUCGCUUUCCAGUCUACGACUUAUUUAUACAGCUUUUAUGUUCGUCGAUCGCUUGCUUCGAUUGCUGCCUGCCUCCUCCCCGUCCCUCUCAUUCGAACACCGUUCUGUAUUGACUCUUUCUCCUCCUCCCUCUCCCUCUCUAUCUCUACUUAUUCUCCUAUCGCGCUGAUCGCUUUCUGCAAUGACGUUUUGUCUUUAUGGUCUGGCUUGUCCCACCCCGCUUCUGAACAAAGUAACCAUUGAUACCUCUCUCGCUUGAUUUAACUCCCUCCGGAUGGAGACUCUGAGAGCGCUUACCCCCUUCUUUCGUCGUACCAUCUUGCCGUCGAUUUCAUUCAGUACAUACAGCAGCCAGAGAUAGCAUCCGCACGAUGCUUCAUUGAACGUAAAUAUCGUGUAGUAUGUAUUCCACGACGCUGCCCCACAGCUCAACCACGAUACUUUUUCCCCUCAUCUGUGUUCGGCGCACGACCUCUAGGCGUUGUCUCCGUCAAGCGCGUGCAAGAUCAAAAAUAUCGUUGAGUGAGGAGGGGACUUGAGAUUUCCGUAUUAAUUUUCCAAUGAAGGCAAAGAUCACAUAGUUAUAAAUCGACUCGACAGUCCGUGCCACGGUACGAACGCACAGCAAGCAAGCGAGUUACUAUGCCUCUGCCUCUGCCUCUGCCUCAGCUUCCGCUUCCGCCUCCGCUUCUGCCUCCUGCUCCUGCACCUCCUCCAACUUCUGGUCCACCGCCGCCUCUGGCAGAGACGUCGAGAUCUCGUCGGCGACAGCAGGCGUGGGCGCAGGCUCGGGUGGCUUCUCGCCGUCUCCGUUCGGUGGCUCGAUGGAGGCAGACGCGGGUGUUGAGGACGUCGUGCCGCCGUUCUUGCCCUGAGUGAUGCGCUUAAUGUCGGCUUCGGCUUUCGCGAUGGCCUCGGCGGUGACGCGAGCCUGGUUCGCCUCGAACCAUGCUUUUUUCGUCUUGAGGUCUUCGAUGACGCGGGAGAUGUCCGUGGAGUUUGCAGGGGGUGGGAUGGAGAGGGAGAGGAGGGCGGAGAGGGUGGCGAGGGGGAUGUUGACGUUGGUCGCAGUGGCGGGGGCGCUACCGUUGGCGGAUGGGUCGGGAGUGGUGGAACCGCUGACGGCGGCUUUGGGACCGCCUUUCUUUCCCUUCUUUCCCUUGCCACCGACGAAGUAAGAUUCCUCCUCUGCGCCCUUCUUCUUCUUCAGCACCAUGCCAUCGCCCGGACCCUCCUCGACCUUCCGGAUGUCCAGCUUCGGCUCGUUCUCCAGGCUCUUCGCCAAAGACGACGCACUGGACGCGGUCGAAGGCUUUCCCGAGAAAUAGUCGAUGAGCGUCUGACAGUCCUCGAUCUGGACCUGGAACGCAGGCUGCUCUGCCUCCUCCCUCAACCUCGUCGCCAACUCCUUCUUCUUCUCCUCUUCCUCCAACGCCCGCUGCGCACGAGCCCUCUCCGCCCUCCUCGCCCGAUCCUCAUUCACCUUCGCCCAGUACUUAUCGUUCGCCUCCCGAUACCGCUGCGCCGACUCGCGCUUCUCAUUAUAGAGCGUGUCGAGCUGUGCCUGCAGCGCGUUCCGCUCGUCAAAAAGCUUGUUCCGGCUCGCGAACACCUCGUCCGACUCCUUCUUCAUCUCGUCCAGCUCGGCCUUGAUAGCGUCGUACCGGUCAGAGACGGCCUUGGACUCGGGGUCGUCGAGUUGUGCACGGAGCGCGUCCGCUUUGGCUUUGUCGGCGUCGAUGGACUCGAGCUCGGCUUGGAAACCUUCGACGGUUUUGCGGGAACGGCGGGUUUGGCUGAUUUCUUGGAGAGCGCGCUUUUCGUCCGCGAGCUUCAUGCUGCCGGAUUCGACUUGCUUCUCCAGGUUCUUGAUGUGUGCAUCAAUUUCAGCGACCGUUUUGAACGGGGUCUUUCCCCUAGCGGUUUGGAGGUCCUUGGACUUCUUUUGGAUGUUCUCUUGAAUGGCCUUCAAUUGGUCAAAGACCUUACCCCGAGCCUGCUUGUUCGUCGACUGCUGACCACGAAUACCGUCGAGCUCAGUACGGAGAGCAUUACGCCUGUCGUUACCAGUGCCAGACUUGCUGACGAGACCUAUCUUGUCCUUGACUGCACCGACUUUGAGCUGGAGGGCAUCAAUCUCGGACUUGAUGCGUGCUUGUUCGGCGUCAUAGACAGCCUUGUCAGGUCUCGAAGAACCGCCGACGGUGGCAGCAGCGUCCUCCUUCGCCACGUCUCCAUUCGACUUGGUUACAGCGGGAGCGGGUGCAGCUGAGCCGUUCUGCUUGCCAUUUGGUUUCUUUGCGGCAGGAGCAGCUUUAGUUUUUGGGGCGGACAUGAUAUAGAACGAGAGAAACCAAGAGGGGGUGUGGCGAAAGGAGCGGG